AGUCCAGCUUACCUUUGUUCUUCGGCAGUCAGAGACACGAUCAACAUUAAUGGAAGCCAUGAGACUCACUUCCUUGUACUGUACUUCCUUCAAAAAAUCUUCUUCCUUUCCUUCUGUCUCCUCUUAUUGUUCUUCCUCUCCUUCUCUCACCAAUUCCAGAAAUUUGGUUUCCUUGCAAAGUAUUUUCCCCGGUAAUCCAAUCUCCAGGGGAAAUCGCAAUCACUCAAUGAUGUCUUGCUCUAAAUCGAAUGAUGGACUUCAAGACUCCUCUUUUCAGGGAGGUGAAUCAUUCUUUAGAAGUGUGCUAGCGAGUAUGGAAGCUGUUUAUUUGAAUAGGAACCCCACUGCUAAAGCCAUCUUGGAACUAGUUCGUUCUGUUGAUGAGGAUCAAAUAUGCUAUGAUCAUCUAGCAUUUAGGACAUUUGGGGUAAGUGGUCAUGGGAUUGAUUCCACAGCAAAGUUUUUCCUGGAUUUUGGUUAUUCUCGACGAGAAGAGUUGAGAUUUCCGGCGAAGAAGUUGAAAGCAUUCUGGUAUUCUCCGCCUCACGUUCCACUUUCUAAUGGUGCAAGUGGUGUUAAUGGGCCCCUGCCUAGAAUUUUCAUAUCAGAACUUCUUGUGGAUCAAAUGAGUCCCCAGGCUCAGGAAAUAAUUAGAAAAUAUACUGAAAUAUCUGGUAAUGGAAAUAAGCAUGCUGCGCUUGCAAGUGCACUGGGAUCUUUGACAUGGGAAAAGCCCUCACACUGUGAAUUUCAAGAAUUGGCUGGGGAAAGUGAAUAUGCUGCCUGGACUCUUGUUAAUGGAUAUGCAUUAAAUCAUGUCACUAUAUCUAUUCAUCAGCUGAAAUCUGACUUGAGGAAUAUCAACAGCCUCAAUCAAUUCAUCGAGAAGAGUGGGUUCAAAUUGAACUCUGAAGGGGGAGUUCUAAAGGGUUUGCAACCUCUAACUUCCUAUUGCCUCCAAUUUAUUCUGUUGCCCCUUGAUUCCGUCAUACUAAAAACAGAGUUGCACUGUUAAUGCAUGUCUGCCGGCACUAAUAUAUACAAUUGGCUUGCCUAUCCACGCCUUGUCCUCAACUGCUUCAGCAAUCUUUAGGCAACUGAAAAAAAAGCAGAAACUGACGAUGAUGUUAGAGGAUCCUGUAAAUAAAUCUUCACUGGCCAUAGAUGAAGACAAGGUCACAUGAUCAGUUUUCUCUAUGUGUUCAGCCAGUUUCCCUCAAGUUAUAUGUUCAACGAUCCACUUUGCAUCUGAUACUUACUGAUUUAACUAAUUAUAACCAAUUUCAUGGGCAGAACUUGGACAGUCAUAUAUGGUUGCAUUUUGUCUGACAAUAAUCUUUUUUGUACUUUUUGGAAGAUUUCUGAAUAAUACAUCUUCUGUGCCUUCUGUCACAAACUUGUCAUUUUAUCAUCUUUUUUGUCUCCAAAUUGGGAUGGUUGGGUUUAGUUUGAUUGUCAUCUGUUUUAUGUGGAUGAUCAAGUAUAUUUUUGUUACAAACUCGUUCCCGAAUUUAAAUCCUUAGACAUAAUUUGUUUCUGAAGUCUGAUUCUUUCAAGGAUGGAGCAGAAGCCUUACAACUUUAUUUCCUCCAUUAUCAGUGAGCCCUGAUGGUCUUCUGUUGCAAAGUUCAACCGUGGCGGAUUCUUUCUCUUUCCAGUUUUCUGAUGGCGUCACAGAAUCAGUCCCUUGUUCGUACAUCGAGUUUGCUGAACGCCUCGUACUACCGCAAUACAAAAAUUUACCUGAGAAAGAGGUUAAGGAAUUCCAUCGGAGAGACGGAUUUGAGGUUGGAAAUGCAGACAAGAUAUUUGAGAGCACAUCCAAGGAUCAAUUAACCAGGAAAGCUGCAUGAGAAACAGACCCAUAAACUGUUGAAAACAGGAAUUGCAGUUGGAAUAAGUACUGGUUUGCUACUUAUACCUAGAUGAUCCACAGGGAGUUGCCAAAGUUACUAAAAUGAAAAUGUGACACACUUAAAGAGGCUGAUGAAAUGUGUAGUUUGAUUUUCGUGCUAUGGUAACAAAAUCAAAUGUGUAGUUUGAUUUUCGUGCUAUGGUAACAAAAUCAAGGCGCUUAGUGUGAAGCCUAAGGCUAUCCAAACAGAGCACAGGUCUGUUGUUCGACAUGCCAAUUGCUUUAAAACACAUUGUAAAAUAAAUGUAUAAAGCUCAUAGGAUGUCACACACUAUAUAGCAGGCGAUUUGAGUUUGGGUUACUGCAUGCAUUCAGCUGAGCGUAGCUGGCUGAGGCAAUUGCUGUUGGUAAUUCUUUUACAGGACCAGUUCACCCGACUCCUAGCCGAGCUCUUCUCCUGUAUGCCAUCCUCUUUACAAGCAGUAUUCAUAGCAUUAUCCCACCAUUUCUAGGGGCUCUCUCAUUUGUCACAUCUAGGGGUGUAACUCAGGUGGGAUGAGCGGGUUGAGAGGUUAACCCUAGCUCAAUCUGAGGUAUAUAAUCUUCAUUCUUGAACCCUAAUUCUAACCCGACUUCAAUUUGAGUACUGCCAAAGUUGAAUUCGAAUGAACUUGGGUUAAAAUUUAAGUUGAAUUUGGGUUAUUUAAUUUGAGAUAGUUUUGGGUUAGAGUUCGAGUUGAGCUUGUUAGAGUGAAUUGUAAAGUGUGAAU